GUCACUCUCCUGUAAUCGUGGCUCAGGUUUGCGGAGCUUACCCAGCCCUCCUGUCCGGGCACGCACCGAGUGUAGAGGCUGCGCUUGAGCGCGUUUUGGUUAGAGCCUUUUACUGUGAAGGCUGGGCGCUGGGAAGGAGGACCGGACCCUGUUUGAGGCUGAGAGAAGAGGCUGAAACUCCCCACAUAUGGCUCUUUCAUAGGAACAUUUACUUUUUUUUUCUUUCGGGAUCGUGGAGAGGAAGUGAAUUUAAGAUAAAUCACUUGAAGUCGCCCAGAAGGUGAAUUUGUGGGCGAAUCAUGGAGAUGCAGAGGUGGUCCACAAGGUGGAAAACGAAAAGAUGGUUUAUGGAUUCCACAGUAACAGCUUUCAUCACUUUAACCCUGGUUCUGCAGGCUGCUGAUGUCAGAGCAGCAGAACCAGUGGAUGUCCUAAAAGUAUUAGCAUUUCAAAAUUACCCUGAAGGAGUGACGAGAACAUCGGGAUUUUGUACAAACCGAAGAGCAUCGGAGCCCGACACAGCUUACAGAGUUUCCAAGCAGAUCCAGAUCAGUGCCCCCACCACUCAGCUGAUCCCUGGUGGUGUUUUCCCUGAGGACUUCUCCAUCCUGACCACAGUGCGACCAAAAUCCGGCCUCCAGUCCUUUUUGCUGUCCAUUUACAACGAGCAGGGAGUCCAGCAGCUGGGCGUGGAGGUGGGACGCUCACCUGUUUUCUUGUACGAGGAUCAGACGGGGAACCCCGCCCCCGAGGACUACCCCCUGUUUCGGGCUCUGAACCUCGCUGAUGGAAAGUGGCAUCGAGUGGCCAUCAGCGUGGAGAAGAAGACGGUCACGAUCAUUGUCGACUGUAAGAAGAAGAUCACCAAACCUCUCCUGAGGAGUGAGCGGGCCUCCAUCAGUGCCACCGGCAUCACCGUGUUCGGUACCAGGAUUCUGGACAAGGAGGUUUUCCAGGGUGACAUCCAGCAGCUCCUGAUUGUUGCUGAUCCCAAAGCAGCGUACGACUACUGUGAACACUACAGCCCGGACUGUGACACCGCCCACAGGGACUCCCUGCAGGCCCAGGAGCCAUCAGAGUACAAUAUUGAUGAUUUAGAUUACUCUCAGUUCUAUGAUUACUCUGAGGGGCCAACAGACGUCGCCCCCAUCGAUGGGUUAUCUGAACCACAGCUAAACAAUGUAGAGGGAGAUUACAAUACAGACUACGGGACUGUAGAUGCUACUCAGACUCAGUCCCCCGUUGACCCGAGUGGACCCAGUGAGGCUGUGGAGGAGGAAUUUGUUGGUGCGUUUGUCACCGAGGCCCCUCCCGUUGCUCCUGAGCCCAAAAACGUCCCCGAAUCGGUGGGCAACGUGGACGCUGGUGGAGAGGUGUAUGACUUUAAGGAGUAUGAUCUAAAUGAGUUUGACUUGAGUGAGACAGACAACAAGCUGUAUGACUAUGGGUCCUAUGAUGAGUUCGGAGUGGCCCCAUCCAAACCCCCCGCAGCCUAUGAGGAGGAGGUGGGGCCAGGGGUUGCCGCGGAAACUGAUGUUUCUGAGAGUAAUCAGGUUGUUGAAGCAGCUUUUGGGCAGAAGGGUGAGAAGGGCGAGCCGGCUGUGAUUGAACCUGGCAUGCUGAUUGAAGGGCCACCAGGGUCACCCGGCCCAGCUGGCCUCCCAGGACCAUCAGGCCUACAGGGACCCCCGGGUCCUGCUGGAGAUCCUGGUGACAGAGGUCCUCCUGGUCGGGCGGGUCUGCCUGGUGCUGAUGGUUUACCAGGACCUCCUGGUACCAUGUUGAUGCUGCCGUUCCGUUUUGGAGGAGACGGUGAGAAGGGUCCUGUGGUGUCGGCUCAGGAGGCCCAGGCUCAGGCUAUUCUCUCCCAGGCCAGACUGGCUAUGAGGGGACCCCCUGGACCAAUGGGUCUGACUGGAAGAUCCGGGCCUGUGGGUCUGCCUGGUCCAAGUGGGCUGAAAGGGGAGAGUGGAGACCCUGGUCCUCAGGGGCCCCGCGGCAUCCAGGGGCCUCCAGGACAACCGGGCAAGGCUGGCAAACGGGGCCGUGCCGGUGCUGAUGGAGCUCGCGGGAUGCCCGGAGAGUCAGGCGCCAAGGGUGACCGAGGCUUUGAUGGACUUCCUGGGCUGCCUGGUGAAAAGGGACACAGGGGGGAGCCGGGGCCCAUCGGACCAACUGGAGCUCCUGGAGAGGACGGUCAGAGAGGUGAAGAUGGAGAGAUCGGACCCAGAGGCCUGGCUGGAGAGAGUGGUCCCAGGGGAUUGCUGGGACCUCGUGGUCCUCCAGGACCUCCUGGAUCACCUGGUGUUGCUGGAGUCGACGGGCCUCAUGGUCCCAAAGGAAACAUGGGGCCUCAAGGAGAGCCAGGUCCACCUGGUCAGCAGGGAAUCCCAGGAACACAGGGUCUUCCUGGUCCUCAAGGUCCGAUUGGACCUCCUGGAGAAAAAGGACCUCAGGGCAGGUCUGGACUAGCUGGACUACCUGGAGCUGAUGGACCUCCUGGACAUCCUGGCAAGGAGGGUCCAUCUGGAGAGAAAGGUGCACAAGGUCCUCCAGGUCCGCAAGGUCCUAUUGGUUAUCCUGGCCCUCGAGGCGUCAAGGGUGCUGAUGGUGUCCGUGGGCUCAAAGGGUCAAAGGGAGAAAAGGGUGAGGAUGGUUUCCCAGGAUUCAAGGGAGACAUGGGAAUCAAAGGAGACCGGGGUGAGAUUGGCAUGCAUGGACCUCGUGGAGAGGACGGUCCAGAGGGGCCUAAAGGCAGAGCUGGUCCCAAUGGAGAGCUGGGACCUCUUGGUCCAGCUGGAGAAAAAGGUAAACUGGGGGUACCAGGACUGCCAGGUUACCCUGGAAGACAAGGACCAAAGGGCUCAAGUGGAUUUCCUGGGUUCCCUGGAGCCAAUGGCGAGAAAGGAGCAAGAGGAAUUGCUGGCAAACAAGGUCCAAGAGGUCAAAGAGGUCCAACGGGGCCUCGUGGUGCUCGAGGAGCCAGAGGUCCUACUGGCAAACCUGGACCAAAGGGAACCGCAGGCAACGAUGGUCCUCCGGGUCCACCUGGUGAGAGAGGACCUCAAGGGCCACAGGGACCAGUGGGAUUCUCUGGACCAAAGGGUCCCCCAGGACCACCGGGGAAGGAUGGGCUGCCUGGACACCCUGGACAGCGUGGAGAGACGGGUUUCCAAGGAAAAAAUGGUCCGCCAGGUCCCGGAGGGGUUGUUGGUCCCCAGGGACCCACAGGAGAGACGGGGCCUGUUGGUGAGAGAGGACACCCAGGGCCUCCAGGCCCACCUGGAGAACAGGGUCUUCCAGGAGCUGCUGGCAAGGAGGGAGCCAAGGGAGAUCCUGGACCACAAGGAUCCUCUGGUAAAGACGGCCCCCCAGGCCUCCGCGGGUUCCCCGGAGAGCGAGGUCUACCUGGUGCUACGGGUCCAGCAGGUUUGAAGGGAGGCGAGGGUCCCCAGGGUCCACCUGGGCCUGUUGGUUCUCCUGGUGAGAGAGGUCCUGCUGGUGCAGCUGGUCCAAUCGGUCUUUCUGGUAGACCUGGUCCCCAGGGUCCUCCGGGUCCAGCUGGAGAGAAAGGUGCACCUGGUGAGAAAGGGCCUCAGGGUCCUGCUGGUCGUGAUGGUGUCCAGGGUCCUGUGGGUCUGCCUGGGCCCGCUGGACCACAGGGACCACCGGGUGAAGACGGAGACAAGGGAGAAGCCGGCGAGUCUGGACAGAAAGGAAGUAAAGGUGACAAGGGGGAGCAGGGUCCUCCUGGACCAGCUGGUCUCCAGGGUCCCGUAGGAGCCCCGGGUCCUGCUGGAGCUGAUGGAGAGCCCGGUCCCAGAGGUCAGCAGGGUAUGUUUGGGCAGAAAGGAGAUGAAGGCCCUAGAGGUUUCCCUGGGCCCCCUGGUCCCAUCGGUCUGCAGGGUCUUCCAGGACCUCCAGGUGAAAAGGGAGAGAAUGGUGACGUUGGGCCUAUGGGUCCUCCUGGUCCCCCUGGUCCUAGAGGUCCUCAGGGUCCAAGUGGAGCUGAUGGCCCACAAGGUCCUCCAGGUGGUGUUGGCCCAAUGGGAUCUGUUGGUGAGAAGGGUGAGCAAGGUGAAGCUGGAAACCCUGGACCACCUGGAGAGCCCGGCACUGGGGGACCCAAAGGUGAGAGAGGAGAGAAAGGAGAGGCUGGCCCCCCUGGAGCUGCUGGACCUGCUGGUGCCAAAGGACCCCCUGGAGAUGAUGGUCCAAAGGGCAACCCUGGUCCUGUUGGAUUCCCUGGAGACCCUGGUCCCCCUGGAGAGCCAGGUGUUGCUGGAACUGACGGAGAACCUGGAGAGAAAGGAGAGGACGGUGAAGCUGGUCUACCAGGAUCUGCAGGUCCAUCUGGAGAGGCUGGUCCACCUGGCCCACCUGGAAAGAGAGGACCUCCCGGAGCGCUCGGAGCAGAGGGCAGGCAAGGAGAGAAAGGAGCUAAGGGUGAAGCAGGUGCCGAGGGCCCAGCGGGUAAAACUGGACCAGUUGGCCCCCAGGGACCUCCUGGAAAGCCCGGUCCAGAGGGUCUACGUGGAAUCCCUGGCCCUGUUGGUGAACAAGGUUUGCCUGGAGCACCGGGACAAGAUGGUCCACCAGGUCCACUGGGACCUCCUGGUCUCCCUGGCUUGAAAGGUGACCCUGGAUCCAAAGGUGAAAAGGGUCACCCAGGUCUGAUUGGUCUCAUCGGACCCCCUGGGGAGCAAGGAGAGAAGGGAGAUCGAGGUUUGCCCGGACCCCAGGGCACUCCUGGUGGCAAGGGUGACUCUGGUGUCAGUGGAGCUUCUGGGCCUCUUGGUCCCCCAGGCCCCCCUGGUCUACCUGGCCCUCAAGGUCCCAAAGGAUCCAAGGGAUCAUCAGGUCCUGCUGGUCCAAAAGGAGACACUGGUUCCAUAGGUCCUCCGGGUCCUCCUGGCCCACCAGGCGAGGCCAUCCAGCCCCUCCCCAUUCACUCUCCAAAGAAGCGCUCCACUGACGUGCAGUCAGAUGCAGCAGGUACCUUCAUGGAUUAUGGUGAGGGCAUGGAGGACAUAUUCAGCUCACUCAACAACCUCAAACAGGACAUUGAGCGUAUGAAAUACCCCAUGGGGACACAGAAUAACCCGGCCAGAACAUGCAAAGACCUGCAGCUCUGUCACCCAGAGUUCCCUGACGGCGAGUACUGGAUCGAUCCAAACCAGGGCUGCUCUGGGGAUUCCUUCAAGGUCUACUGUAACUUUACAUCUGGAGGGGAGACCUGCAUCUAUCCUGACAAAAAGUCUGAUGGAGUGAGGUUAUCCUCAUGGCCCAAAGAAUCUCCAGGCUCAUGGUUCAGUGAAUUCAAGCGUGGUAAAAUAUUUUCCUACGCCGACGUUGAUGGAAACUCGAUAAACGAGGUCCAGAUGACCUUCCUCAGGCUACUAACAGCCUCAGCCAGGCAGAACUUCACCUACAGCUGCCACCAGUCUGUGGCGUGGCACGACGCCUCCAGCGACAGCUACGAUAAGGCGCUGAGGUUCCUGGGCUCCAAUGAUGAGGAGAUGUCUUACGACAACAGCCCGUACAUUAAGGCCAUCUCAGAUGGCUGCUCGACAAGGAAGGGCUAUGGAAAGACUGUGAUGGAGAUAAAUACUCCUAAAAUCGAUCAGGUUCCGAUCGUUGACGUCAUGUUGACUGACUUUGGGGACCCAAACCAGAAGUUUGGGUUUGAAGUUGGACCCGUCUGCUUUCUUGGCUAAAUAAAAAUUAUAAAGUAAAAAAAAAAAGACUUGAUGAGGACAGCAAAGAAAGUCAAGUCGAGACGUUCUGGAUGCCACCAAACCCCGUUUUUAGCCCUCACCCUUUCUUUGCCACAUGCAAGUUUUGAGUAUAAGAGAUGGUGUAGCAAACAUCUUUCCAUGUAUGUACGCGUAACCCAGGAAAAUCCUCGCCGCCCUCGUAGGGCUCCAACCAUAUGACUCAAACACGUUAUGGGACAAAGGUGCAGGACGAAGGAGAGCGUGGCAGAGGAGGAGGAACCGGAAGGAACCAACAAAAAGGAGUUCUAGUGACACUAAAUUCUCCAGGUGCUGUAUGAAAAUGACUACAAUGGUGCUUGAUCUAAACACACAAAAAGUAUAUAGUGGUGCUAAGAAAGAAGAUGUAUUUUGAUAAUUAUUAAAAAAAUGUAAUUAUUAUUUUGUACAAUACUUUUAUUUCUGAAUCCACUCUCAAAACUUGCAUGUGUGUCACAUUCUGAUUUGAGUCUUUUAUUUCAGUGGUUCAAACAUAAACGGAGAACGUUAAAACCAGAACCAAUCAAACGUGCAUUCCUGACAGCUUUGUUUCAUUCACCACAUUCUGUCUACAUGUCAUAAAGCAAAUAAAAACUUAGCAUUCCCAUCAUUUUCCAUGACUAAACUAGACUGUAGGCCCUUUGUAUAUACUGAAAACAGCUGCAACUAUCACACCAGCACAUUAACGGUAACAUCUCCCACUAAUGUUGUGAUCCUGUGCUUGUAGGAGGCAAUUACGACAUCCAUUUUCCUUUAUUUAAUUCCAUUUGUUGCUUUUUUUUCUUUUGACAGGCUUCUGUUUUGGUUGUAUACCUCAAACUUUCUUGAUAACCUUUAAGUUGAAAGGAUACUAAGCCCUGUAUAUACCCUGUUAAACAAAUAAGUUUAUAUAUUUUGGGUGGGGAUUUUUUAAAGAGAGAAAUAAGUUAACUGUUAGACAUCCACUGUUCAAAUCCUUUCUGUGAAUGCAAUGAGAAGCCCUUGCGGUGACCCAUUUUUGUAACUAAAGUGAAAAAAAUGUUUUAUUGUGCUGUUUUGUUUUGUUUUUUAGUUCAUUUAAAUAUUAAAAACUGGAUUCUAAACAACAGUGAGCUGAAUGCCUCCAUCAUGUGUGAAAUAUCUGGAACAGACUGACUAAUGUACUCGUCAGAAGCUUUAAAUCAGUUCUGUCUCAUGUAACAUUAGCGAUCAUGGGCUCGUGCAAUCCCCAUCUCUUGAAACCAACUGACUACAAAAACUCAAUAAAAAGUCUUCUUCACCUGCUACA